AUGCUUUCAAUUGCACCUCCCCCUUCUCUUCCCCUCCGCUACCACCAUAACCGCCCCCUCCUCCACCACAGGAGCCACGGUCUCCUCUUCACAAUCCGGUCAUCUUCAACCUCAAGUAUCCAAGAGGCUGUGGAGGAAAAAACAGCAAAAGAGAAGGACUUGUUGAGCUCCGAGGUUUAUUCCACGGCACCGUUUCCUUCAAUUAAAGCUGCAAAGAGAGUAGUUCUUGUGCGUCACGGCCAAAGCACGUGGAAUGAAGAAGGACGUAUCCAAGGCAGCUCUGAUUUCUCCGUUUUGACUAAAAAAGGCGAGGCUCAAGCCGAGACCUCUCGCCAAAUGCUUAUCGAUGAUUCCUUCGAUGUCUGCUUCUCUAGCCCUUUGAUUCGGUCGAAAAGAACGGCUGAGAUCAUAUGGGGACCGCGAAAGGAGGACAUGAUUACGGAUUCCGAUUUGAGAGAAAUUGAUCUUUAUUCAUUUCAAGGGCUUUUGAAGCAUGAGGGAAAGGCGAAAUUCGGUGCAGCAUAUAGGCAAUGGCAAGUUGAUGCGCCAAAUUUUAAUAUUGAUGGUCAUUUUCCAGUGAGGGAGUUGUGGGGGCGUGCUAGAAACUGUUGGAAUAAAAUUCUAGCACAUGAAAGUAGGUCUGUUCUUGUGGUUGCGCACAAUGCUGUUAAUCAGGCUCUUGUUGCUACAGCUAUUGGAUUGGGGACGGAGUAUUUUAGGAUUUUGCUUCAGAGCAAUUGCGGUGUAAGUGUGCUGGAUUUCACCCCACGAAUUGACGGUGGAGAUGGGUCUCCUUUUAUCUGUCUUAAUCGUUUGAAUCAGACACCCAACUCACCUGUUGCUGCUUCAAGUUCGGCUGGCAGGAAAACCAGUAAGCGGAUCAUACUUGUUUCUCAGGGAACUACACAGGGUGAUACAGAGGGUAGUUUUUCUAAUUCUGGGGAUCAGCCAAUGAACAUGCUUGGAAUCAUACAGUCCCAGAAAACUGCAGAACUGCUUCUUGAUCAGAAUGUGAGCACUAUAGUCAGCAGUCCUAAGAAUGCAUGUGUUGAGACAGCAGCAACUAUCUCCAGAGUGCAAGAAGCUGCAGAUUGCUUGGCUGCUGACUGUGUGCCACGGUAUGUAGAGAUGAAACAGAUCAGGGAACUUGAUGUCAGAGACAUCCUUCAACCAUCGAACAAGGAGGCAACUGAGGCUCUAGCAUUUCAGCCUGGUUUCUUAAACAGAUUUGAGGAUGAAGCUCUAUCAGCACUGUGGGACCAGUCUGGAAAAGCUUGGCAAUCUCUGUUAAAUGAACUGUCUGAUGAAUCCGAGCCUGAAAAGAUUGUCGUUGUAGUUGGCGAUCCUGCAAUUCACAUAGCAUUGAUGGGGCACUGCCUAAAUCUGACCAAAGACUGGAUGGGAUCAUUUCAUCUUGAUGCAGGAAGCAUCAGUGUCAUAGACUUCCCUGAUGGACCUACCGGAAGAGGUGUUAUCCGGUGCAUAAAUUACACAGCUCAUUUGGGAAGAUGGUCGAUACCCAUUACAAAAUCAACAAUAGAUGAUGAAGAGUUUUAA